AUGAUGUUGAAUGGGAUUCCUGCUCGGCUUGACGUUUCAAAGACUCCAUGCAUUCGUUGGCUUCCUCUUGACUUGCGAAAUGCAUGUAGAAAAUAUCUCUAUGGGUCUUUUGGAAAAUUUUGA